AUGGCGCCCAAACCCACUCCCCCAGCCGCAAAGCAAGCGCUCAUCCUCACCUACUUCCGCACCUCCGGCGUCGCGCACAGCAUCAAAGGCCUCGAAAAGGCCCUCCCAUCCGUCGCGUCCAUCAACGGGAUGCAAGUCAAAGACUACCUGCAAGCGCUCUCCGACGAGAACAAGAUCCGGGUCGAGAAGAUCGGCAGCGGGAACUGGUACUGGAGCUUUGCGUCCGAGGAGAAGGCCGCUAAGGAGGCGGUGUUGGAGAAGGUUAAGGAGGAACGAGAGAAGGCGGGUAAGGCGGUCGAGGAGCUGAAGAGAAAGGUGGAGGAUGCGCAGAGGGAAAGGGAGGAGGAUGGGGGUAUGUUGAUGGAGGGGGAAGGAAGGGAGGGGUUGCAGGUGACGCUAAAGGAGUUGACAGGCGAGAUGGAGUCAUUGAGGUGCGAGUUGAGUGGAUACAGUGAGAAUGACCCGGUUGAGGUCGAGAGGAAGAGGCAGAGGAUGGGGAAGUGCAGGGGAGAGGCGGAGAAGUGGACGGAGCAGAUCCAGAGCAUGGAGGGCUGGUUUAAGGACCAGGUUGGUGGUGAUAGGGAGCAGUUGACGGGUCUCAAGAGGAACUUCUAUGGGGAUGAGUUUGAUGACAAGGAGCAGGGACUGAAGGAGCUGUGA